AAUUUUUCAAUUUUUAAAAAUAUUUAUAUGAAUUUUUAGAAAAUACACAACUUUCCAAUAUUAAACUCUUCGAAAAUACACAACAUUUUUGACAUUUCUUAGAAAAUACACAACUUUUCAAUUUAGAAAAGUCACAACUUUUUAAUAUAGAAUUUUUUUUUAAAAACACAACUUUUUGACAUCUUUUAGAAAAAAAAUAAUUUUUCAACAUGAGUGAGAUUCACAACCUUUAGAAUUAAUCAGAAUUGCUAUUAUCGGUACAUAUAUUAAUAUAAUUUAUAGUUUUAUGCUAACGGAACUAUACAGUCUGCAUCAAAUGUUUUUUUAUUUUAAUUUUCUGAUAGCAAAUGGAAUCAAAAACUAAAUAGUGUGGACAGAAUGAUGCCAUUUUUAUAGCAAGGCAUAUUCCAUUUUUUUUAACCAGUUAAAACUAUAAUUCAAGGAACCCUUCUCAUUUAAUAUUCCGCUUGGAAUAUUAUUUGAUUGAAAGAAUCUUUUAUUUAAUAUACCUUUCUAAAUUCUCUAUUAAAAAAACAAAUACUGUAAACAUAUUUCUAUUUAAUCAUAAUAUAACGUCAUCAUUAGACCACCACCGUCUGAUUAGCAUUAUAAUACUAGUGACGUAAUAGUUACAAAAAAAUAAUUUGGACAUGAUCAAUCAUCCAUAGUGAUCAUGAAUUCAAAAUUAAAUACUCUCUUUCCGUUUCACAAAGAUAAAUUUUUUAAUAUUUUUACACAUAUUAAAAAAACAUAUUAAACUAUCAUUUUUUUGUAAUUUCGAUUUUCAAUAACUUUUAAUCAAUACUAAUUCAAUAAAGUCAAUUAAUUUUUUCGAAGUUUACAAUUUUUUUAUAAAAAAUCCAAAAAUACAUCUUUGUGAAACAAUUUUUUUUUCUAAAAAAUUUAUCAGAAGGUAGUAUAAAUAUACUGAAUUCCAGUUUUUAAUGUUUCCUCAUUAAAAAUCCGGACAUGUCCUCACUUGUAUUAUUUAUGUGUAUUUAUUUAUAGGAAACAGAAUGUGACCCUUCAAAUACCAAAGAGUUCAAAUCUUUCAUCAUCGUACAUAUAACAUAAGUGUGUAUUUAGAAGUUUUGGGAUGAACUACUUUAUAAACGUAUGAUAACAUUAACAGAAAAUGAAAACGGUUGAAGAAUUUGCAAUAACUAACUCCAAAAAAUAGUUACUCUAAUUUAGUGAAUACUGCUCACUCGGAUCCAGCUUAUUUAAAAUUUUGUCACAAUAUUACUAUUUUUGAAGUUUUCUAAUAAAAAUUAGUACAUAUUAGUCUUAUGUCAUAGAUUAAAAUUUAGCCGAUUUUCGAGAUAUCGCGGUUAAGACAUCAUAUUUAUGGAAUUAACAGGAACAUACUAUAUAUGUAUAUUUUGGAAGUCUUUUUAAAUAUUUUUGAUAUGUAGUUUAAAAAUAAAUAUAGAUAGGAUUUAGUAUACAUUGUAUAUAGUAUACAUGUCUAAAUCGGCUGUAUGCCCCCAUUGUUAAAUAGACUAAUCGUUUUUCGUCAGAAUCAUCCUCAAUUUUUCGUUGAAACUUUCAAAUAAAUCAUUUUUGAUGAACUUAUGAGCUAAGCUAGUACAAACUACCAUAAAAGAUAUGAAUCCAUUAAAAAGAUUCUAUUAUAUAUAUGAUUCUUCUUGGAUUUUUCCUGUCCGAAUCAAGAUAAUGGUAUUAAAACAAGCGUGGAGCAUCGAUCAAGGAAGGCUUAUAGACCGUCCGAUGUAAUCCUUUUGAAAAUUUCAAACUAACCAAAAUAAAAAUAGCAUUAAAAGACGGCAAGUGCAAGAAAACGAUAUUUCCUUUGUUUUUGGGUUUACCCCUCUUUACCGGAGUAGUAUAAAUAAAACUAUAUGCUACACUCUCCUGACUCCGACCAAAGCAAAAUAAUAGAAACUCAAAAACAUAGAGAGAUAAGAGAGAUAACAAAACAGAAACUCUCUUCUUCGUUCCAAAGGUUUUAAACGAAAGAUGGACGUUUUUGAUGGACUUCCAGAUGCGAUCGUUGUCGAUAUCUUGAACAAAGUCGGUGACGUCAAAACCUUACAUCGUUGCAGUUCUGUCUGCAAGCGAUUCAACUCGCUUGUACCUCAGUCCGAGUCACUCUUCUUCCGACUCGACCAGGACGUUACCACCGAGUCACGGCCCGAUUCUCCCGUCAGCAACAUUUUCCAAUCAUUAGUCAAGUCCUUCCAAGGCUUCCUCUCUUUAUUCUCUAAACCGGCUAAACCGAUCCGGUUCACGAAUCUUUCACCGAAUAUUCCUUCCAAGAUUCUAUCUCGGUUUGACCGGAUCAAGAAUCUUGAGGUCGAGCUUCCCGGCGGCGAUGUAAGCCUUGAGAAAGGCGCCGCCGUUAAGUGGAAAGCAGAGUUUGGUAAAACUCUUAAAACAUGCGUCGUCGUCGCGUUUCGCUCCGCCUCCACCGUGUCCUCUUCUUCUCCGGGCGGUGAGUCAGACGCCAUUGGACUGGAAACGCGCGUGGUGUGGACGAUAAGCGCUUUGAUGGCCGCGUCGACUCGUCAUUUUUUGAUGAGCGAAGUCGUGAAGGAGCAUAAAGAAAUGGAAAGUUUGGUGAUGCAUGACGUAGGAGGAGAAGGCACGGUGGUGAUGGGAACAGAGGGUCUGAGAGAGUUUGGAAACACGGAGGAGGCGCGUGGGGGAGAAGCAGACGAACGCGUGAUGAAAAACCGGCGGAGUGUUGUCCCGAAAGUGAGGAUGAGCAUGAGGCACGCGCCGUCGCUUAAGCUCAAAAGCGGCAUCUAUUUAGAAUCUGCGACGCUCGUGAUGGUAAGGCCGAGCGAAGGAUAUUCCGACGUUGGAGAUGAUGAGUUGGCGACGGAGGCUUUCGCCGGGAACUGUAUGUACGGUGAAGCGGUGGUCGCUUUGUUAAAACGUGAGAAGAUUAAUUUAGAAAUUAAUUCAUUUUAAGCUUUUAUUGGGCCUUGUAAUGGGCUUUUAGGGCUUUCUAGUAGGAAAUGUCAUUUUCUUGCACGUGUGUCGUGUGUCGUGUGGCUCGUGUGCGCAUUUACAUAUAUUAUAAAGCUGGCUUCAACC